AUGCCGACACCGUGCGACAGUUUUCCCCAUUCUAACUCCAAACUGUACUCGACAUCAGCCAUGAACAAAAAAUAUUCCCGAUUUCGGCCAGUGUUGGUUAUUUUUAUGUUCAGUGUCCAACUGGUGUUCGCCAUCGCGAUCGUAGCGGUCGGCCUAGCUGGCUCUAUCCUGGACUGGCCAUCAUCGAACGGUGAUACAUCGGGGCCGUAUUUUUACGUCAUUUAUCUGCGGGUCGUAUACUGGCUGCUUGCAUACGUGAUCCAUGCCCGCAGCAAACACGAGUUCGGCAGGCUGGUGGAGGCAGACUUUGAUCGAUACCGUACCUUCAGCGUUUACCGUAAAGCCCCACUGCAAAUCGUCACCGUUUGGAACGUGAUCCUGUUGACGGUACAGAACCAGGUUCGGUUGUUGUUUCCGUACGAUCAGCUUCCAAAGCGAUCGGAAGACACCAACGCUUCCCACAAAUCAGAGGGAAUCCAGCUUAAUCCAGCGAUCACACCGCAAGUGUUUGUGACCGUCGUAUGUGCCUUGGAGCUGCUCGUGCUACUGUGCUUCUAUGUGCCGCUAGUGCGGACACUGAUCGAAGUCAGGAACACCGAUGGGCAGGACAAGGACACGGAUCUGCGGUACCGUCGCAUGACGGAUACGGAACUUUCGGAGCAACCGAUUGAUUGGCAGCUAGACCGGCACGCUGAACUCAUCAAGCAGCUUCGAAAUGAGCAAGAACAGUUGCAACGGGAAGCAAAAUUGUACGGUGUCGAUGGUUCCUGUUAGCUGUGCCGCGAUUGCUCAUCAGUGUUUA